AUGAGCGGCUCACGAGACGCCACUGCUGUCACACCAGCCUGGAAGAAGUUGGGCCUCAAGCUCAAGCACUCGAGUGCGGACGAGCCCGCAAACGGGACCCCAGCCGUUGGGCAGCCAGACCGUGCCCAGCAGCAGGGCAGCAUGCAGGGCAAGAGAAAGCAGCUGCACACGGCCGGCGCCGCGUCAGAAUAUUCCUCUCCUCUCUCUGUCAAAAAGCCUCGCAGAGACUUUUCCCGACCAUCAACAGGAGAUGCCACGCCUCAGCUCACACGAAAGAAGUCCGUCGCCUUCGCCGACACGCCCACCAACAAGACUGCCGCCCCAGGCUCGACCACGGCGCGAAAGACGCCCGCAAAACCGCACCCCAAGGCAGCAGCAGCAGCCGCCGGCAAGAGCGGCGGCACCAAGGGCCUGACACCCAAGAAGCAAAAGCAGAAGCCGCAGACGACGGCCGACACCAAGCCCGCGAUCGAGUACCUGCGGCACUGGGUGUCGUCGCGUGACAGCUGGAAGUUCAACAAGAACCAUCAGUCGACGCUGAUACGGGCCGUCUUUGACAGUGGCCUCCCGCCUGCCGACGUGGGCUCCUUCUACGACUACAUAGAUGACAUCAAGGGCGGCGUCAGGAUGAGACUGCGAGAGACGGCGCUGGCGAUUCGCCUCAAGGACAAUACGGAUCGCGGCGCGGCCGCCUUCCCCAGUGGCACCGUCGACCCCGACGGCAAGCAGGAUAUCUACGAGGCGGCCCUCGCCGGCUUCCUCGAGGCGCAGCAAAAGGCGGUCGGCAAGAAGCGGACUUUUGCCGAGAUGGAAUACGUAACGACGGCGCAGGACGCCGACGUCAUCAUCCGGCGGCUCGUCAAGCGCAUGCGUGCAGAAAUGGUCAUUGCGACGUUGUCGGACGGCGACGAGAGCGACGUCAGCACGGCCACCGUGCGCGCGCCUGUCAAGUCGGCUAGGCUGCUGGUCGCCGACAACAGGACAAAUGGUGUCGCGGCCAAGCGCCGCCGCAAGCUGCGCACCAACGUUGAUGACAGCGACAGCAGCAGCAGUGACAGUAGCGACGACAGCGACUCGGACAACGACGACGCCUCAGACACGGGCAGCGGCUCCGAUACUAGCAGCAGCGAUAGCGACGACAGCAGCUCCGAGGAUGAGGCGGACGCGGACGAGGCCAUGGAUGAUGACUCGUCCAGCAGCUCGUCUUCGUCCGAUGAUGACUCGGACGAUGAGGACUCGGAUGACGAGGCAGAGGUUACUUCUACCAAGGGAGAAAAUACAUCCAAGUAG